AUGUCUCUACAGAAUGAAUUGGUACUGGAUUUCAAAGCUGCUUUGCAAUUGGAGCAACAAGCAGAUUCGGAGUUGACUCUGGAAUAUCUUUCAUCAUACUCUCCAAAAAAGCUUGCCAAAUUGGGACUAGCUGUGGUGAACUUGGUUGUCCAUGGAAUAAGAACAGGACUUGGUGGCAAACUAUUGAUGGAAUUGACCCUUGAUCCUUCGGUAAGAGGCGAAAAUACAGAAUUUUCAACCGGGUCGCUUCGAGUCGGCGAUAUUGUUCGAAUCGACACCAUGAAAAAUUCCACAGAACCUCAAAAAGAUACUUCUGAUGCCGUAGAUGCCGUGAUAACAAAGAUCUCGUCGAACAGCAUUGUUGCUGCUGUGGAGGACGACGAUAAUGAGCUCGGCUUGUACAACAAUACCGCUAAUGAGUCAACAAAAAUCUGGAUCGUCAAGCUCACCAACUCCAUUACUUACAAACGAAUGAACAGCGCCUUGGGAAAGCUUUCCGAGCUCAAUGAUGCCAAAAAGAAUGUGAUUCACCGGGUGCUUUUGGGCGAAAUCGAACCGCACAUCUCUCCCACACCAAAGACACAAACUGUCUUCUUUGAUUCUCAGCUCAAUACUUCCCAGCAAAACGCCAUUUCAUUUGCGUUGAAUAGUUCACCAAUAACGAUAAUCCACGGUCCUCCAGGCACUGGUAAAACGUAUACGUUGAUAGAACUCAUCAAGCAGCUCACAUUCAACCGAGGUGAACGAGUGCUCGUUUGUGGGCCAUCGAACAUUUCUGUUGACACAAUUCUCGAGCGACUUUCCCCAGCAUUCACGGAAGAGUUGGAUACCAAAAAGAAAAAGAGAAAAAUCAAGGGAAACCCUGAAAAACUUAUUCGAAUAGGCCAUCCUGCUCGACUAUUAAAUGCGAAUUUGCAGCAUUCGUUGGAUGUAAUGUCCAAAACCAACUACGGUUCUACCAACGAUAGCAAGUCAAUUCUCCAAGACAUCGAGACCGAUAUAAGUGAUACACUCAAGCAAAUCAAAAAGACCAAGCGAUAUGGAGAACGAAGAGCCCUCUAUAGUGAAUUGAAACAGUUGAAGAAAGAACUUCGCAUUCGCGAAAAGAAGGUUGUUCAAGAUCUUGUGGUUGGAGCCCAGGUUGUGUUGUCUACGUUGCAUGGGUCUGGUUCUUAUGAGUUGACCUCGAUAUAUAAGGACCAAGCGUUUGGGCCAGAAAAGCCACUUUUUGAUACCAUAAUCAUCGAUGAAGUUUCGCAGUCGAUGGAACCACAAUGUUGGAUUCCACUCGUCAACCACCUUGGAUUCAAGCGGUUGGUGAUUGCUGGCGACAACAUGCAGCUUCCCCCAACGGUAAAGAGCGAGGAGAAAAAAAAGAGAGAAAAGAAAGAAGUCGGUGAUCGACUCAAAGAUCUACGUCUAAAAUACAGUCUAGAACACACCCUCUUUGAUCGGUUGAUCGGACUCGGCGGUGCCAAGUACAAGCAGCUUCUAGACACCCAAUAUCGGAUGAAUACGCAGAUCAUGACGUUUCCUAGUCGAGAACUCUACGGCGGUAAAUUGCUUGCGCAUGAAUCUGUAGCUGACAUCUCGCUUGCAGAUAUGACAGAUGUUAUGCACAAUGACGACACCACCGAAGUAUGUAUUUGGUACGAUACUCAAGGCCAAGGCUUCAAUGAUCAAACAGACGAUGAUACCACGGGCUCCAAAUACAACGAGCAUGAGGCGGAGUUGGUGGUACAACAUACCCACCGGUUAAUAGAUGCCGGAGUAACAGCCGAGUCAAUUGGGAUCAUAACCCCAUACAGCUCGCAGGUGGGAAUAAUCAAAAAAAUCUUGCAGAAUCCGGCGGUUGAAGUGUCAACGGUGGACGGGUUUCAAGGCCGAGAGAAGGAAGCAAUUUUGAUUUCGCUCGUCAGGAGCAACGAUGAAGGAGAGAUUGGGUUUCUUCGUGACAAGAGAAGACUCAAUGUUGCAAUGACCAGACCAAAACGGCACUUGUGCGUUAUUGGUGAUAUGGAAUUGAUGGCUAAUAGUGGGGUAAAGUUUUUACAGGAUUGGGCUUCUUUUGCAGAAUCUGAGUUUACGUUAAGGUACCCGGAAUGA